ACGAAAGUAAGGUUACACUCACGUUUCUAUGUAAUUUCAAAUGAUUGCUCCAUAAAAUGAUUUAUUGACAAAAUUAGUAUUUUGAUUGCUUAUUGAUAGCGGGAUUUUGAUAAAGAAUAGGGAGGAAUAUAACAAUAGAAAUAUCUAUAAAUAAAGCUCAUGGAUCGCAUGGGUGUAAAUAUCACCCUUAUUAAAGUUAGUACUAAAUUAAAUAGAAAAUAUAUUAGAAUUUCUUGGACAUAAAAAGCCGUUACAUCUCUUUGAUUUAUUUAUAUAAAUCAUUCUGUAAACAUUGUAGAUUUAUUUCAGUUAUUAAAAGUUAUAUUAUUGGAAAAAUAAUACAGCAACUAAUAUUAUUCGGCAUCAGAGAAGAGAGACUAGUUCAAUCCUGCAGGAUUAAAAAUCCCAUGGGUUAAAAAUCCUCAGAUUUUGAAAUUACAUACAGCGCGCCAUGCGGAACUAUCAACAAUGUCUAAUUCACUAAAAAACUUCCUUCUCUGAUAAUAAUUAUUCAAUAAAUAAUUAUAAAUUGUACAAAUAAAAAUAACAAAAUGAGCCGAAAAUGUUCAUACAAUUGUAACAUAUAUUAAGUGAUUGAUAAUUAACCUCUAAACAGUGGUUAGAAUUUUGCUCAAGUCAAUCAAAGUUAAAAGAACUUAUUCGAAUUCCAACGUCUUUAUUGCGGCGUUUUAUAAAAUAUUGUUAUAAUAAAAAGUGAAUAAUAAUAUUAUUUAAUCAAUCAUGGAUAAUGAAAGAAAUACAUUAUUAGCUGUUCUUCAAUUCCUUAAAAAAUACAAUCUUAAGGGUACAGAAGAAUUAUUUAGAAAAGAAGCAAAUUUAGUUAAUGUAGAUGUUGACGAAAACCAACAAACUGAUUCUGAAGUCAGUAGUGUAUUAUCAGCUUAUAAAAGUGAAGGAGAUCCAGCCCUUUACGAAAAAGCAUAUAGUGAAUUAAAAAAAUUUGUAGAAAGUUCACUGGAUAUAUAUAAACAUGAGUUGGGAACAAUAUUAUAUCCUGUGUUGGUUCAUAUGUACCUGGAGCUUGUAUAUAAUAAUCAUUCAGAGCAGGCGAAACAGUUGAUGGAAAAAUUUAGCGGUAAUUUAGAAGAUUAUUAUCAAAAUGAUUUAAAAAGGCUUUCUCAUAUGACUAAGAGAGAACAAAUGGCUGGCAAUGAACUUACGGAUACCUUCAAAUCAAAUCAAUUCAUCAUAAGGAUCUCUCGAGAUACUCUUUCAAUACUAAAACGGCACCUACAAGAAAAAAAACAUAGCGUGUUGUUGAAUAUUAUUCAAGAACACCUUUAUUUUGAUAUGUAUGAAGGUGUUGCUAGAAAUAAACAGCAAAUAGAAGCCACGUCUGGUGCUACAUUGGGCGAAGCAACGCGACAAGACAAUAAAGUAAAAGUUUAUUAUGGACUAUUGAAAGAGCCAGACAUCCAAUGCAUGGCACCAGCCGAAGAGGAAGAAGAUGAAUCAACCCCUGGAGCCGAGGGGGAUAAACCGAAGAAGAAAAAACCUAAAAAAGAUCCAUUAUUUUCUAAGAAAACUAAAUCUGAUCCAAAUGCUCCUCCCCUUGGUCGAAUGCCACUACCAUAUUUGAAGGAUAUAGAUAAAUUAGAAAAAGUAAAAGCUUUGCGUGAAGCCUCAAAAAGAGUUACAUUAGGACCCGAUUCUUUACCUUCUAUAUGUUUCUACACAUUACUGAAUACAGUCCACAGUGUAACAUCAGCUGAAAUUUCGGAAGACUCGAGCCUUUUGGCUGUAGGAUUCAGUGAUUCUAUAAUUAAAGUAUGGAGUUUGGUACCACAAAAAUUAAGAUCGAUGAAAACUGGAGAAGCAUUAACUGAUACUGAAAGAGAAGCAGAUGAUGUUCUAGUAAGGAUGAUGGAUGACCGUACGGCAGAAACAGUAAAAACCUUGCAUGGUCAUAGUGGUCCUGUUUAUAGUUUAACCUUCAGUCCUGAUAGAAAUUUAUUAUUAUCUUGUUCUGAAGAUGCUACAAUUCGAUUGUGGUCAUUACAUACAUGGACGUGCGUAGUUUCAUAUAAAGGUCAUUUAUUCCCUGUAUGGUCAGUUCGAUUUUCGUCUCACGGUUAUUAUUUUGCCACGGGUUCUCACGAUAAAACUGCCCGACUUUGGGCCACUGAUUCUCAUCAGCCGCUUCGAAUAUUUGCGGGGCAUUACUCUGAUGUUGAUGUAGUUCAAUUUCAUCCAAAUUCAAAUUAUAUAGCAAGUGGAUCUAGCGAUAUGACUGUAAGAUUGUGGGAUUGUGUAACAGGACUUCAAGUGAGAUUAAUGACAGGACAUAAAGGACCGAUUUAUGCACUCACUUUCUCUACAGAAGGUCGAUUUUUAGCGUCAGCAGGAGCUGAUAAUAGAGUUCUCGUGUGGGAUUUAGCUCACGGUCAUUUAGUUGCAGCAUUAUCAGGACACACGAGUACUAUUCAUUGUCUAUCAUUUAGUAGAGAUGGAAAUAUUUUAGUUUCUGCAUCUUUAGAUUGUACUGUCAAAUUAUGGGAUUUUACAAAGUUAGCUGAAGAAAUGAGUUUGGAAGAUGUUAAUGUAUCCCACAAUCCUGAUGUCAAGACUUCUACUGAAUCAUAUUUAUUAAGAACUUUCCCAACCAAAAACUCUCCAAUUCUUACUCUUCAUUUUACUAGAAGAAAUCUUUUAUUAUCAGUUGGUGGGGAAAUGCUGGCGAUCACGCAGUUUAUUCUCAUUGGAGCAGGAGUUGUUAUUCCAGCCAUUCGACUAUGCCUGAUUGUUGAAGCUAAGUAUUAUUAUUAUUAUGAUUAUAAUAACAAUAGUAUUUGAACAGAGAAAAAAAGUAUAAAAUAGUACGUUGAGCCCCUUGGAGACUGCAGCGUUGCCAACCAUUCAAAUUUUUGUUUCGCAUAUUUACCGAUAAGUGACGUUUUGGUAGUUUCAAAAUGGACGACU